UCUAAAUCUGCUUUCAAAAAUCUCUGUUCCCACUUCCCACGCACACUUGCUUCAACACCAACUUGUAUAAGGUACACGAAGACCUCCUCCUUAUCCUUCUCUGACCAAAUCUGUUAUCUUCCUUUAUACUUUGCGCUUCUAACUCAUAUUCGUAUAUCUUCUCUACACGAAGACCUCCUCCUUGUCCUUCUCUGACCAAAUCUGUCAUCUUCCUUUAUACUUUGCGCUUCUAACUCAUAUUGGUAUAUCUUCUCUUCUCUUCUAUUUUCCUUUUCAAUUUGGGGCUCAAUUAUUAGGGUUAGGGUUUCCUGCAACCAAAACAAACAAAGAUAAGGCCAAAAGAUGCAGCAGCAGCAGCCACAGCAAAUGAUGACCGGCAUGCCUUCAUUUCCACCCACCAACAUCACCACCGAGCAAAUUCAGAAGUUCCUUGAUGAGAACAAAAAGUUGAUUCUAGCAAUAUUGGACAAUCAAAACCUUGGAAAGAUUGCUGAGUGUGCCCAGUACCAAACUCAGCUUCAGAAGAAUCUCAUGUAUCUAGCAGCAAUUGCGGAUGCGCAACCACAACCUCAAGCACCAACAAUGCCUGCCCAGCUGGCGCCGCAUCCUGCGAUGCAGCAAGCUGGAUAUUACAUGCAACAUCCUCAGGCUGCAGCAGCAAUGGCUCAACAACAGGGUCUUUUCCCUCAAAAGAUGCAAAUGCAGUUCAAUAGCGCACAACAAAUGCAUGAGGUGCAGCAGCAGUUACACCAACAAGCCAUGCAAGGCCAGAUGGGAAUGAGACCUGGAGGGGCCAAUGGCAUGCCUUCAAUGCAUCAUACUGAGAGCACCCAUGGAGGAAGCAAGCAAGACAACCCAGAGGCUGGGACAGGUGGUGAUGGCCAGGGAAGCUCAGCUGGUGGGCACGGAUGUGGUGACGGAGAGGAUAAGUGACGUGGCCUUACAGAAGAAAGCCACAUGGAUACAUGUGCGUGUUGAUAGUAGGUGUUUUCUUUCCUAAACUAGCUGCUGACAGGCUCAGUGAUCUUUAUAGAUUUGAGCAAAGAAGCUUAAGUUCUCUGGUCCUUUAGAUGCCUUAGGUAGGUGAGUUGUGUCGUAAGUUGUUUGGAAUGCAAUGGAUCCUGGAAUCAGAUGAAACAAGCAAUGAGAGGACUAUUAGGUCCAAGAGUGUUAGAGGUGGGAAGCAUGCGAGGUUCUGUACUUCAUGUCUGCCAAUUUGUAGCUUACAAUAUGGCAAUAUGCAUGCAGCAUGCUCCAUGAAUUCUGAUUUUGCUACAAGUUUUGCUGGUAAUUUGUUUUGGUUUUGGUUUGUAUUUGUAUGAACUUUCAACUCUUUUUAGCAAAUGACUGGAGGCCUAAAUGAUCAAUCAGUUCUUAUUAUCAGCGUU